GGACCUCCUCCCAACCUGUCCCGGCUCUUGCCCCGCCCACCCGAAAGUGGGUGAAAGGUUGGCGCUGCCAGCGCUGUAGCUGGGGCUGUGGAGCAGGACGCGUCCGGAACAGACCGACACAGUGCCGGCGAGGCCGACAGACGGACCAUGGCAGAUGAAGCGAAGCCCAUCAGCCCGCUGAAGAACCUGCUGGCCGGCGGCUUUGGCGGCAUGUGCCUAGUAUUUGUGGGGCACCCGCUGGACACGGUCAAGGUCCGACUGCAGACGCAGCCCCCAAGUUUGCCUGGACAACCACCCAUGUAUUCUGGGACCUUUGACUGUUUCCAGAAGACUCUUGUUAGAGAGGGCAUCACGGGGCUAUAUCGGGGCAUGGCUGCCCCCAUCAUCGGGGUCACCCCCAUGUUCGCCGUGUGCUUCUUUGGGUUUGGUUUGGGGAAGAAACUGCAACAGAAAUGCCCAGAGGAUGUGCUUAGCUACCCCCAAAUAUUUGCAGCUGGGAUGUUGUCUGGUGUAUUCACCACAGGAAUUAUGACCCCUGGAGAACGGAUCAAGUGCUUGUUACAGAUUCAGGCUUCUUCGGGAGAAACCAAGUACAGUGGGGCCUUGGACUGUGCCAAGAAGCUAUACCAGGAAUCUGGGAUCCGAGGCAUCUACAAAGGGACAGUGCUCACCCUCAUGCGAGAUGUUCCAGCCAGUGGGAUGUAUUUCAUGACAUAUGAGUGGCUGAAAAAUAUCUUGACACCAGAGGGAAAGAGUGUCAGUGAGCUCAGUGUGCCUCGGAUCCUGGUGGCUGGGGGCAUCGCAGGGAUCUUCAACUGGGCUGUGGCAAUCCCCCCGGACGUGCUCAAGUCCCGCUUCCAGACUGCACCUCCUGGAAAAUACCCUAAUGGUUUCAGAGAUGUACUGAGAGAGCUGAUCCAGAACGAAGGAGUCACAUCCUUGUAUAAGGGGUUCAAUGCAGUGAUGAUCCGAGCCUUUCCAGCCAAUGCGGCCUGUUUCCUUGGCUUUGAAGUUGCCAUGAAGUUCCUUAAUUGGGCCACUCCCAACUUAUGAGGCUGAAGGCUGUUCAAGGCUUCUGGAAGAUAGAAGCUAUCACAGAGGAGAAGCCGUGGGCAGGACUAGGCAGUCCUGAAGGCAAAGGGAGGGGAAUGGUGGGAUCAGAACUCUGUACAUGGACUUGUUGAGACCAUUGCCUUAAUGACAUCCUCUACCUGGUAUAACUUGGUGUGCCAUUUUGAAACUUGAAUUUACUCAUGUCAGUUUAAGGGAUCUCAAGAGGAUUUGGAGGUGGAGUAAGUAGCUUCUAGACCAGAUACCACCUAUGGUCAGAGAGCUAUCUACUGGUGGACUACAGGCCCUACUACACCCAAAAUACUACUCAAGAAAGA